CUGAUUACUUUUAUAUAAGGGAAGGAGAUGGAAACAUCAUGGUGAAUAAAACAUUGGAUUACAACAAAAUCAACCUUUUCAAUUUAACAGUCCAAGCAAAGGAAAAAUUUGGAAACAACAGUGCUACUGCGUCGUUACUAAUUAAUGUAAAAGAUUACGAUACAUUGAACCCCUAUUUCAGCCAAUCAGUGUACAAUGGAAAAAUCCGUGAAAACCAGUUGGGUCCUCUGGCUAUUCUCCCAGAGAAGAUACUGGCUAAAGAUGGAGACACAGGUAUAAAUGAAAAAGUAGUUUACAGCAUCAAACUAGUGAACCCCCCGGCCUAUAACAACACCUUUUCAAUCAAUGCAGACACUGGAGUGUUGGAAGUAAAGACUGCAAUUGACAGAGAAGAAUGUCCUUAUCUUGUUGUGGGCAUUCAGGCAACUCAGCAAGACAAUAUUUUCAAAACAGCUGAUGCAGUAGUGCUGGUUACUAUUGAAGAUGUGAAUGACAAUAAGCCAGUAUUGUCGCAAUCAAGUUACAAUGUCUCAAUUCUAGAAAAUUUACCAAAUGGGAUGGAAGUUCUUCACAUAACAGCUAUUGACAAAGAUGAGGGAGGCUUCCAGGGGACAUUCAUUCUCAGUCCAGCUGACAGUCCCUUCCAGCUAAGUCAAGCUGGGAUCCUGUCUGUGAGGAACUCCACGCUGUUGGAUAGGGAGAGAAUACCAUCUAUUCACCUACAGGUCGCUGCUAGAGAUCACUUGUCACUUUACAAUGAGGUACACUCUGCAAUCAACAUACUGUUGCUAGAUGAAAAUGACAACAGCCCAACCUUUAGAGGCACGCCAUAUAAACAAGAUAUUUUCAACAACAUGACUGCAGGAAUGUCCAUUCUUCAGGUUGUUGCUGAUGAUCCAGAUGAUGGUAUAAAUGGAGAGAUAAGCUUUACCUUUGCUGGUGGCAAUGAAGAUGGAUACUUUGAAUUGAAUAGAUCCACAGGACAAAUCAGUUUAAAAACAGUAAUCCCAUUAGGAACCAAUCAGCUUAAGAACUUUGUCUUGUGGAUAACAGCUACUGAUGGUGGGGUGAUUCCAAGAAGUUCAUCAGUGCCAGUACAAAUCUUUGCAGUUGGAGAUUCCAGACCACAGUUUAUUCAGAAAACAUAUAAUGUGUCUGUGGAAGAAGAGCUAGUCAGUCCUGUUGAAGUAGCAAGAGUAGAGUAUGAGUCUUUAAAUCCUCAUAUACCGGUUACAUUUCAAGUACUGACGGAAUCGGCUACAUUUGACAUCGAUGUCAAUGGAAUAAUCUCGACAAAAACCAAACUGGACUACGAAUCCCAGAAUAAUUAUAUAGUAAACAUUUCCUUGUCGGAUGGAAAUGCUACUGACUAUACUGCAGUGUUUAUCAAAGUUACAGAUGUCAAUGAUAACAGUCCUGUGUUUGGUAUAACCAGCACUACCAUUACCAUUCUGGAGGACUUGCCAGCUGGAAGUAAUAUUGCCAGUGUUGCAGCUACGGAUGUGGAUGAGGGCUUUAAUGGAUUAGUGGUUUAUACUCUGAAAGGUGGAGAAGGGAAAAUCGACAUUGACACAUCAGGAUUAAUUUUGUUGGAAAAGAAAUUGGAUAGAGAAACACAAGGCUUCUAUAACUUAACAGUGAUUGCCAGUGACCAAGGCCAACCCGUGCUGUCUACAGCUAUCAAUUUGACAGUCAUAAUUGAUGAUGUGAAUGACAACCCUCCAGUCUUCUCAUCAAGUAGAUAUGAAGUGAGCAUCCCUGAAGAUGAAGUGCUUGGAAGGGCACUGCUGACAGUAUCUGCUACCGAUUUGGAUGCUGGGCCCAAUGCUCUUGUGAAGUACAGAAUUGUUAGCCAGCGACCUCCAACUUCCUCGCUGGUGUUUCUUGUCAAUUUGACCACAGGCCAGCUCAGCCUGAACCAGCAGCUGGAUUAUGAAACCCUACAGCAAUUUGAAGUAGAAGUGGAGGCAUCAGAUGGAGGGCAGCCAAGUCUCAGCACUAGAACACUUGUUGUUGUGCAUGUACUAGAUGUCAACGAUAACCCACCAGAAUUUAGUCAGGCAGUUUAUGAAAUAUCUGUGUUUGAAAACCUACAAAAGGGUAGUCCUAUCUACAUAUUCAGUGUUACUGACAAAGAUGAGGCUGGCUUUUCUCAGGGACGCUUUAUUCAUACCAGUACUUUGUUCACGGUGGAUAUCCCUGGCAUACUUUCAUUAAGGAAUGACAUGGAACUGGACAGGGAGACUACAUCUCAAUUCGUUUUACCAGUAAAUUUGGGGACAGACUCUGCAGCUUUGGCUCAGUUCUACUUCAUUCCCUCAAACCCUUUUUUGUAUCUUCAUCAGAUGGUUCACAUGGUAAUACAGUCAACUGAAAUUCCGUUUUUGUUUGUUUCUUUGGCAGGUAUGGGCAGUCGAUGCUGAAACGAAUGGGCUUAAUUCAAGUGCCUUGUUCCACAUCACUGUUCUGGAUGUCAAUGAUAAUAACCCUGAGUUUCAGAUGCAGCCAUACAAUUUUUCAAUUCUGGAAGCAGAUUACAUGUUGAGUGCUCCUGCUAGAGUUGGACACGUGACUGCUACUGAUUUGGAUGAGGGACAGAAUGCACGGAUUACUUAUUACUUAUCAGCUGAGGAUGGGCAUAAUCCAUUUAGUA